GCAGGAGCAGGAGGAGGGAGAGCCGCGCCGCCUGGGAGGGAAGCCGGGGUGAGCAGAGGAGGUGGCGGGAGGAGGAGACAGCGGGGAAAGGUGUCAGAUAAAGGAGGGCUCUCCUUCGGUUUGGAGGCAUCAUGGCCGCUAAGUCAGACGGGAGGCUGAAAAUGAAGAAGAGCAGCGACGUGGCAUUCACCCCGCUGCAGAACUCGGACCACUCGGGCUCGGUGCAGGCAUUGGCUCCAGGCUUGCCGUCGGGGUCCGGAGCCGAGGACGAGGAGGCAGCCGGGGGAGGCUGCUGCCCGGACGGCAGCGGCUGCUCACGCUGCUGCUGCUGCUGCUCCGGGAGCGGUGGCUCUGGGGGCUCAGGCGGCUCGGGCGGCGGCGCUGGCGGCCCGGGUGGAGGCAGCGGGGCGGGCUCGGCGGCGCUGUGCCUGCGCCUGGGCAGGGAGCAGCGGCGCUACUCGCUGUGGGACUGCCUCUGGAUCCUGGCCGCGGUGGCCGUGUACUUCGCGGACGUGGGCACGGACAUCUGGCUCGCCGUGGACUAUUACCUGCGCGGCCAGCGCUGGUGGUUCGGGCUCACGCUCUUCUUCGUGGUGCUCGGCUCGCUCUCAGUGCAAGUGUUCAGCUUCCGCUGGUUUGUGCACGAUUUCAGCACCGAGGACAGCACCACGGCCACUGCCUCCAGCUGCCCGCAGUCUGGAGCGGAUUGCAAGACCGUGGUCAGCGGUGGGUCUGCAGCUGGGGAAGGCGAGGCUCGUCCUUCCACACCGCAAAGACAAGCAUCCAACGCCAGCAAAAGCAACAUCACCGCCACUAACAGCAACAGCAGCGGGGCCACCCGGGCCAGCGGCAAACACAGGUCUGCGUCCUGCUCCUUCUGCAUCUGGCUCCUGCAGUCACUCAUCCACAUCUUGCAGCUCGGGCAAAUCUGGAGAUAUUUCCACACAAUAUACUUAGGUAUUCGCAGCCGACAGAGUGGGGAAAACGACAGAUGGAGGUUUUACUGGAAAAUGGUGUAUGAGUAUGCCGAUGUGAGCAUGCUGCAUCUGCUAGCCACCUUUCUGGAGAGUGCUCCACAGCUGGUCCUGCAGCUCUGCAUUAUCGUCCAGACUCACAGAUUACAGGCCCUCCAAGGUUUCACGGCAGCCGCCUCCCUGGUGUCCUUGGCUUGGGCUCUGGCCUCCUACCAGAAGGCCCUGCGGGACUCUCGAGACGACAAGAAGCCCAUCAGCUACAUGGCGGUCAUCAUCCAGUUCUGCUGGCACUUCUUCACCAUCGCGGCCCGGGUCAUCACCUUCGCCCUCUUCGCCUCCGUGUUCCAGCUGUACUUUGGGAUCUUCAUCGUCCUUCACUGGUGCAUCAUGACCUUCUGGAUCGUCCACUGUGAGACAGAAUUCUGCAUCACCAAAUGGGAGGAGAUUGUGUUCGACAUGGUGGUGGGGAUCAUCUACAUCUUCAGCUGGUUCAACGUCAAGGAAGGCAGGACACGCUGCCGGCUGUUCAUUUACUAUUUUGUGAUCCUUUUGGAGAACACGGCCCUGAGCGCCCUCUGGUACCUGUACAAGGCCCCGCAGAUCGCCGACGCCUUCGCCAUCCCCGCGCUGUGCGUGGUCUUCAGCAGCUUCCUGACGGGCGUGGUCUUCAUGCUCAUGUACUAUGCCUUCUUUCACCCCAACGGGCCCCGCUUCGGGCAGUCACCAAGUUGUGCUUGUGAGGACCCCGUGGCCGCCUUCUCUCUGCCUCCCGAAGUGGCCACCAGCACCCUCCGGUCCAUCUCCAACAACCGCAGCGUGGCCAGCGACCGCGACCAGAAAUUCGCCGAGCGGGAUGGCUGUGUACCUGUCUUUCAGGUGAGGCCCACGGCCCCGUCCACCCCAUCGUCUCGCCCACCACGGAUCGAAGAGUCCGUCAUAAAAAUUGACCUGUUCAGAAACAGGUACCCAGCCUGGGAGAGACACGUGUUGGACCGAAGCCUCCGGAAGGCCAUUUUAGCCUUUGAAUGUUCCCCGUCUCCUCCGAGGCUGCAGUACAAAGACGAUGCCCUUAUUCAGGAGCGGUUGGAAUACGAGACCACUUUAUAAAAACGAGAGAACUUGCAGGAGCCACAACAUCCAGAUGAAGGGGUGACAGCAGGGCUGUGGCGAUCGUGACACUUCAUCUUACAGUAGGGGCAACAAGCUGCAGUGUUCUCAGUCUGCCCCCGGUCCUCCUGUUAGGGUUUGAUCCUCCAUCAGCUAACUGCCUGCUGUUGGUCUUCUUUCCAACCAGCAGCAACCAGAGUCUCUUACUCCACCUGAAGGAGAGCAACACCAGCUCAGUAUGACUGUGGCUACCAAAUUCCUCCUGCACUGGUCUUGGAGCACCAUCCACCAGAAGGGACUAUUAUUAUGGAAGAGUUUGCCUCCAAUCAAUAGGGUGUUUUAAUGGAGUUAACUGAUUUUUGCAUAAAAAUAUAUUCAGUCAUACACACUAACACACACACACACACACACACACACACACACACACACACCAGUCCUCUGUCAAAAUAGCUUAGGUGAUUUUCUUGAUGCAAAGCUCUGAUUCCUGAAGAAAUAUAAAAACCAAGAGAGAGAAUAUAUCCCUCAAGACUUCAGAAAAAAAAAAGUAGUACUGCUUAGAAAAGAAUUCAUAAACCAUUUUCUCAUUUGAAAACCAAUAUCAUGUGUGGAAAAAAAAAAGCCUACUCAAUAGACAGCAAACUCAAGUGUGUUUACAUAUGUAUCAGCAUUGAUGGAAUGGUUCAUUUUAUACACAUUUCAGGAUUUGUUUUUUUUUUUUUAAUUUUAAAUUUUCAGUUGAGAACAUCUUUAUGACAGGAAUCCUAUGCAGCACAUGUAUGGCUUUCGACAAGACCAAGGAGCUCAAUAACUUCGUGAUGUAAAUGAAAUGAUAAUCAUCUUUCAGUAUUCAAUUGCAAAAGUUUAAAACAUACACCAAUAGGAAGUGGGGGGAAAAGAGACAGAAUAAAGAGUCUGAUUCCCAGGCGUGUGCAGCUCACAUUGGAAUGUAAGCACAGAGCCUCCAGAGAGGAGUGGGCUGCAAGUGCAUCUGUUUCCGGAUACAGAAUGAGUGGCUCGCUGUAUGCAUGUGGGCAGGUGUGAUUCCAGAAGACACCACGCCUCAUCUUUAUAGUGCCAAACUCCGUCCAACCACAGGACUGACACGGAAGCCCCAGUGACUGAGAAUAAGUGAUGUGAGCCCCCUGAAAGCAGAUAAGCAAAUGAACAAGUUCUCCACUGUGUACAGACUUACCCACCUCCCAUCCAAGCUCAAAGUGAUAUCUCUUUUAGAGGCUUUGGGACAAUGUUAGUAAGUAUGAGCAUACCAAUGGGGUGAAUAUGCUAUAAGGAAACCCUUCUGAACUGAUUGAGGGCUUAUCACUCUAUCCAGCUAAGAUUUGUAUUUGAAUCAUCUGUAAAGUCGCACUCUUACAACAAGCUUCUGGGUUUUAAAUACCUCCGUACAGCAAGUAAACGUUCCCUGCUUUCUGUUCUCCGUGUCCUUGGUCAUGGUGCUUUUCGUUGCAUUAAAAGUGCCGGUCAAACUUUGAUAGUAUUUUUUUAUAGUUGGUGCAGAGUGGAAUAACUCAUGGAUUAUUUCAAUAUUUUUGUAAUAAAAUAAAUAUAGGGUAUACAUAUAGGCAUCAUCACUUUUUUUAUAGACCUGGAAUUAUUUAAAAUACUUUAAGCAUCAUAAUCACUUGGGAUGUCAGAAACUGGUCCACAAAUUCAUCAGCCUGCCUCGGCAGAUUUGAAAACACUUGUCUCUUGCAAGAUCUGCAAGUUGGUGCCCCCAGGAACCUGGCCAGGGGUGCUAUAAGAAUAUCAGGUGAAGAGAGAAACAGCCUAACUAGAAAGGGCUUGUCAAGACUGGCCAAUGUUUCCCAGGAAAUCAAAGAUGUAAAUGAUUAUUUUCAUCCAUUCAUUAGAAUAAACCUGACCACAGUGGAAGAUGUCUUAAACUUCUUUCCCUGGUUUUAUAUUAACCCAACUGAUAGAUUAAAGCUUAUUCGAGUCACUAAAAAAGAAGGUAAAAAGUCAGAUUAAUGUAAUUAUUUACUUAUUUGGACGGUCCUAUUCCCUUAAAGUGGCCAAGUUCUAGAGCCACUGCCUGUAGUAAGUAUGUCAUCCACAAACUGCUGUCCCCAUGAGGACAUCCACAGGAAGUGACAGAGGGCUCAACCUAGGACUUCUUUUGGUACAAAGCCCCAAAUCAAUUUUUUUAAAGAUAAGACAAUUUUUACCAGUAGACAUAUUUCCUAGUACUCCCUGGCUUGAUCCUCCAAGCAAGAUUUCCACUAAACACAAUCAAAGCUCAUCAUUUUUUCGGGAUGUGGAAAGAUCACCUCGUCACUGGUAAAGCUCCAGGAGGACCCUCUUCUUGUCAGCACAUGGUGAAAAUAUUCCACCCCCAUUGUAGAAGGGGGGAAAAAAAAGAUCAUUUUUGGCAAAUCCUUCACCUUUGUGCAGAAUCAUGAGUUAUUAGCUUCUUUAGUUCCAAGACAACUUUUAACUGAUGAUCUGUGGAAACGGAAUUUCUCAGUUGAACUAUACCUUGAUUCCACGAGUUAUAACAGAUGACAGUAUAAUAGUGUCAAGCAAACAAACACGACAGCCCCUUCACUCUUCCUAUCAUGUAAGUUCUAAGUUAUUUCUCAACUUGAUCCCUCACUUUCCAUGUUAAGAUUUGAAACAAGGACUACGUAAAUAAGAGAUAAUGUACUGUCCUUUAUCUUGGAGGUGAGAUUGGCAGUCAGGAGGGUGUGAGAAGUUUGAUUUUUUAAAUGAUUUCCCCAGUACUGUAAACGUUGUCAUUGGACAUUCUUGAAGAUUGUGAUGUUUUAGUUAACAAUGAAUUCUUGCUAAGGAAAUGAUAUAUCCUUCAUGUUAUAAAUUACAACUUUUCAGAAGAUUAAAAGAACAACAACAACAAAAAACUACUCCAGAGAAACAUCUUGGAACUUGUCAAGUUUUACUGGCGGUGAUUUGCAGUUAAUUAAUUCAACAGACACUUUAAUCUUGCAAAUUCUUGACUUGUAAUAUUGUAAUCAAGCUAUUGCAAGGGAACAGUAAUCAGUUAGUGAAAAAGGAGCCCUUGGUUCUGAGUCCCGUGCCAUGACAGUGCCCAGGCCCGAAGAGAAAGACCUCUGUGCUACAGAGCUAUGAAAUCAUGCUACGUGGUUCCUCAACACUGAUGCUAUGAAUAUUCAGCCAUCUCCUUUGUUUUUGCCAGUAAGCACUACUUUGAAAAACAAGUUCAUGGAUUCCUGGGGGCUUGUGUAGGUCAGAGAAUGGGUAUGGGUCACCGAAGACUUGCUUCCAAUGGAUUCAAAUCCGUGUGUUUGGAAAUGGAAAAAAAAAAAAGAAAAGAAAAAGUCACUGUCAUCUGUUUAAUAAUUAAUCUGUCUGAGUAGAGUUGCUGCUUUUAUUUCAUUUCUUGAGACUAUCAUUGUCAGCAUUGUAAUAACUGAUUUGUAAAGCCUGAGUUUAUAAUUCAGUUUAGAAGUCAAAUCUGCAUGGGUGUAACUAUUGGAUAAUUUGAUGCUUGCCUUCCUGGGUGAUGACAUUUCCAGUUCCAAAUGGAAAUCCAUUUCUAUGUGGAGUUGACUGCCCGGUUGCUUCUUGGAUCCUACAAAAGCUUGCUUAUUAGCUUAAAAAAGAUCGCCCACUGAUAUUCCCAAUGCUUACAUUUUUCACUUAGAAGUAAAAAAGGUGAUCUCAUAAUUAAAAAUCAUGGUUCUUUUCCACUUCUCUUUUCUCAAAGAAAGGUCAAAAUGAAGUUUCCAGAAAUUAGCAGAUCAUACUUUCAGAGUAUGUAAGAGAGUCAGGCAUCCAUGUGUUCUUAUAGUUUUUAGUCUAAAGAAUUGGUAUCAGUUUUAGGAGUUAACUCCAGACAAAUGAACAGAAGUCAUCAGAUGCAUCCAAUAAGUAGUCUAGAAGUAAAAAAUAUGAAGAGGAAGAAGCAGGGAUCAUUUUUCCUCUGUCUGAAAGAUACUGCUCUUUCCUAAGAGAAGACAUAAUCAUCUUGGUGGUUAUGUCCAAGAUAUUCCCAGAGCUACUGAUUUUCCCAGUUACGGACACUAAUAUCACAACAAGUGACUUUUCAGAACUAAUUCUUUAUCAUAGGCAAAAAAAAAAAAAGGAAUGGUAGGAAAGUGGCCUAA